CAUUUUUUGCGUAAGACCGGUAGCAAAGUGUUGCAAACACUAUUUACCUGAACUGCCCCACUAGUCUACCAGUAGCGCUUCUGUCGGAUUACAGCGAAAGGGACGAGGGACCGUGCACGUGAGAUCGUGGACGAACGUUCAUCUGCAACACAUUCCCACAAGUUUACUGUUGGCGUUGACGCUCACUCAAUUCCCAGAGCUAGAACACAGCCUUUCAACACCCACACAACUUUUCCUUCAUCACAAUCAAUACAGAACCCCCAAAAAGAUGACAUCAACCAACAGCACUUCCAACAACUACUAUGAGACAGCUGCAAACAUGCCAACAGUAGACAUCUCAGAGCCGCUUCAGUGUUUCAAGAGGCAUGAGAAGAUCUCCUUCCGGGCUGCAGUGGACUUUGUUGCCAUGGCCAUCAAGGCAAUGUUCCCUGUGUAUCUAGGAAUCCGCAUCGAUUAUCCAUUCAUUCCAGGUUAUCUCAAGCACCAUGGUCUCUACUACUGCACUUGGGUUGGCACUAUCUUUGUUGCUGAAAUCAUUUUCAAUUACAUGAUUGAUUGGAAGGCAGUACUUGGAACUGGUUGGCUUCCUGGGACCAUGUUCCUCGCGGCAUCCUCACUCUUCUACUAUGUUGGGCUCUCCUUGUGGAUGCUUGUGGUGAAAGUGCCUCUUCGUGAUAGAGUUGGCAGGGCCAACUACAUCAUGAUCUCCGAGGUUCUCUUUUCUGUCAUGUGGUUUUUCCUUGGCUGUGGGUUCCGUGCCUUUUGUCAAUCAGUGGGGGCCAUUCCAUUUCCAGCGGCAAUCCCAGAUGUAGCAUCCACCCUUGUUGGAGUCAUUUUGGUCCUGACUGGGUUCUUCUUCAAAGGAUGGGCCUGCACUUUAACCGGCUACAACAGCUACUUUUUGCGUGAUAUGCUAUUGGAUACCCCCAACUCUCAUUUUGUGGAAUCCUCACUCUACAAGUAUAUUCAUCAUCCAACCUACACUGCUGGAUAUGUCCAGACUCUUGGAGCGGCCAUCUUUUAUCGCUCUGUUCCAGGAUGCAUUGCCUAUGUUGGUUACCAAGCCAGCAUUCUUCUGUUUGUUCAUUUUGUGGAAGGGCCAUUUAUUGAACGGACCUACAUGGCAGCAAAGGAACCAUCUGCAGAUGAAGAGAGCCCAGUGUCUACGGAGAGCCCAGAAUCAACAGAUGUCGAUGUGGAAGCAAAGGAUCCAUCUGCAAACGAAGAGAGCCCAUACUCAGCAGAUGUAGACGUCUAGGCAUGCGUACCACAACAUAGAAUUCUUGUCUUUGAUCAGACAAGGUAUUCAGUGCAGCCAGCUAGCUAGCAACGGUGCGAGUAAAUAGGUAACCAAAAAAGAAGUCGAUUCGAUUGAAUUCGAUUCAGUCUUUAUUUUGCAAACCGCGAACUCUAGCUCUUCGAAUACAUGUGAAAACUACAGUAGAAAGAGCUUUACGUUGAGAUCGGAUCAUUCUA